GCAAUCUGGUGUCCGCAGCUGUCUUCUCUCUCGUUUUUUUUUUUUUUUUUUUUUUAAGCAUGGCUAUAAGAGGGUGUGUGUGAGUGUGUACAUGAGCUCUUGACAACAGUAGUGGUACAGCAGCAGGAGCAGCAGCAGACGGAGAAUGGUCAGACAUAUGUUCUCUCAUCUUCUACUACUGUGGUCACUCAUCCAUGACCUCUGUAUAACUGGACUGACAUAUGAUGAGCCAAAGGAGCUGUCCUGGAACAACCAGAAUCUUUAUUCUGUCCCUCUGGAUUUGGAUGCAAGCCUUAGAAGACUAGACCUGUCCAAUAACUUCAUCAGACAGUUACACACACUUGCUUUGCAAUACUUGGAACAGCUGGAUCUGAGCUCCAACCAGCUGGAUUUCAUCUCUGAAGGGGCUUUUAAAAACUUGGCUCGACUUGAAGAGUUGAAUUUGUCCAGAAAUGCGCUGAACAACAACCUUGGCAGUAACAGCAAAGCCCUCCAAUCCAUCAGUAGACUGAGGACUUUGGACAUAUCAAUGAACGGUUUGAAUGAUGAUGCAGUGGAGCGUUUCCUCCGAAACAAACCUUCUCUUGAUCAACUUAAGAUGACUGGUAAUGCUUUAACAAGACUUUCACACAAUUUAUUCAAGGAGAGUAAAAGUUUGAGGUCCAUUACUAUAGAUGACAAUCAGAUAUCAGUGAUAGAACAGGGGACAUUUGAACCACUGAGACAAUUAGAGACACUAAACUUAGCCAGAAAUAACCUCGUUUAUAUCUGUGAUUUUAAAUUACAUCAAGUUAAAUACCUGAAUCUCAGUGGAAAUUCAGUUGAGUUCUUUGUUACUCAUGAGGACAACCUCUUCUAUAGCCUUGAAAUCCUUGACCUGAGUCAUAACAAACUUCUUUAUUUCCCAAUUGUUCCAAAAAUGAGCCAGUUGAAGUAUCUCCAUUUACAGAAUAACAUGGUUGGAGCCUUAAACACAGAGGCUACAAUGGUAUCAGAGGUCAAUGCUCUUUAUAAUGAGAUUAUAAAGGAAAGAACAGUUAGAAAAAAUGACCUACACUCAAACUGGAGGAUGAUGCCACUGAUUUAUAUUGACCUGAGCUAUAAUCACUUCAGAUCUUUCCCACUAGAGACUCUGAGUCUUCUCUCGUCUUUAGAAACUCUGAAUUUCAGUUACAACUGUCUGCAAAACAUCACCUGGCAUGUUAGAAAUGACAACAGAUCACAAUACCAACGACAGCUUUUCUUUCCCUCCUUAAAGUACCUCGACAUGCAAAGCAAUGGACUUGUAUAUAUUUCUCCGCUAUUUCUCAAAGCACUCACUAAAAUAGAAACGCUAAAUCUGCAGGACAACUCUGUGCAGCCUUGUGCCUCUAUGGACAGUUUGCAAAGCUCUAAAUCAACGCAGCGAAUGAAUUACAACAGAUCCUGUGUUGUCUUUGGACAGUUAAAGACUCUUAAGCACCUCAAUCUUCAAGAAAACGACAUAGAGACGCUUUACUCAAACACAUUUCAAAAUAACUCUUUGAUUUCUCUGAACCUUGCAAAAAAUUCAUACAUGCUAAUGCAAGCAGGUGCAUUCGAAGGUGUGCAAAAGACUCUUCAGUCCUUGAUUAUCAGUGAAUUGAACAUGACCAGUUUUGAUCUGUCUUUACCCUGCAUGCCAGUGUUAACUCAGCUGAACAUGUCUCACAACCAUCUAGAUGUGAUACCCAGCAGUUUAAUCUGCUCUCCUCUGAGAGAAAUCGACAUAAGGAAUAAUGGUUUUGUGUCUUUAAACCGUUCUUUGAUCAUUUCUUUAUCUGUGCACCUCGAUCUAAUAUACAUCAGUGGAAAUUAUUUCAACUGCUGCGACAGUAAAUGGCUGACAACCCUACAUGAGUUGAAGGUGAAGCUGCCUGACAUCAGUGACGCUGUAUGCUUUACAAGCGACAGAAACAUUGUGAUGACAGGAUAUCUGAAUAACACUUCGAUGAAUUGUUUGUUUCAUACAAAAGUACAGGAAAUCCACUUCGGACAGAUGAUCAUAAUUGUUUUAUUUGUAAUUGUGAUAUUAAUAGUAUUUAUCAUAUUAACCAGGAAGGUAUGUUGCAGGAGAUCAUUUAUAGUGUGAUAUCUAAAAUAUGUUGUGAUAUAUAUAUGCAUAUGGCUUACUGUUAACAAACCAAAUACAUUCAGUGAGAAAGUGGAGAGUAAAGUGCAGUCGCUGAAGCGUAAUUCCUGUUAGUUUCCAUUUGCAUGACUCAUUUAAAAAAAACAGAAGUGGAGCUUUAUGUCUGCUUCGACUGUAAAAACAGACUUGUAAUUAAUAAAACACACUAAAAUCUUCAUUAGCAACUAUUUUUUAAAUCUCCAUUUAACUACCAUUCAGGCUUUCUUUUAAGACUCCCCUGCACAUCAUUAGUCUGUAGUAUAUGCAUCACCGUGUACGACCCGGACAGCCAAAGUGUUGUGAAAUUGGCUUUAUCAACUCCCCUGCUGUUUGGUUACAGCACGUGCCAAACUCAGUAAUCAAGUGGAGAAUGUUUGCCCAUCCUUCAAUGUGAAGUGCUUGCUUUUGACUAAAAUGUUGGCUCAACUUCAAUAGAAGACCUCAUUUUCUAGUUUCUGUAUGAACAUACAGUGUGUAUACUAAAUAAACGAAGCUUAUUUGAGUGUGUGUAUAUAUACCAGACUUCUUUUAAUAUACCAUGUCAUUUUCUGCAUCUGCUUGUGCUUCACCGUGUAUAACUUGGCUCUGACCCUGGGAGAUUGUUCUCAAGUACAGUAAUAAAAGUGGCAAGCUG